UUAUCAUAGAUUCCAAUAUAUAUUAAGAACUGAUAUUCCAAUGCCCUUGAUCUUCGUGUACUUCAAUAUUGUUCACUCAUAUCGCAUACCAACAUGACCAAACCAUUCCCAAUCGACCACAGCCUGACUUCCUUCUGGCGGUCGGAGCCCGAUCCCUUGGACAACUUCCGUUCUACGGAGGCUCUGCCAGAAACAAGCGACAUUGUCAUAAUCGGGGCUGGGUAUGCUGGAGCGACGACUGCGUAUCACUGUCUCGAACGCAGUCGACUCGCAUCCGCCGACCAGCCCUCCAUUGUGAUUCUCGAAGCGCGACAGGCAUGCUCGGGGGCAACAGGACGCAAUGGUGGUCAUUUGAAGCCUGACGUAUUCAAUCGAAUCGGCAAUUUGGCCAAUGAGUAUGGGCUUGAGGCGGCGGCUGAAGUCGCCUCAUUUGAGAUGGACCACAUCUCUGCCAUCCAAAAAUUGGUUGAGAAGGAGAAGAUCGAUUGCGACCUGGAGGUAAACCGGGUAUGCGAAGUCCAGUAUGACCAGAACCAAUUCGCGAAAGUCAAGGCUGGAUAUGAUUUCCUGGUCUCCAAGGGAGUGGACACGAUUAAGGAUGUCGGAUAUACUCCUCCUGAAUUGGCAGAGGCUGAAUCUGGUGUGAAGGGAGCUCUGGCUUGCUUUAGCCAGCGCACCGCCCGACUCUGGCCCUACAAAUUCAUCAUCCAUCUUCUGCGGCAAGCCGUUGCAGCUGGAGUAAAUCUCCAGACGUACACCCCAGUCACGAAGGUGUCGGAAGUGCCAGAUGCUGAUGGCCGAUGGACGGUCACGACCAAUCGAGGCUCAAUCCGUGCCAAAUGGGUGGUCUUCUCGACCAAUGCAUACACGUCGGCCAUUGCACCUGAAUAUAAGGAUAAGAUCAUCCCGGUGCGAGGGUUCUGCAGUCGCAUUGUGGUGCCCAACCCACCUACAACGCCGCUGGAACGCUCAUACAUGCUGCGCUUCAAUGCAUGGAAUUAUGACUAUCUCAUUCCGCGGCCGGAUGGGAGCAUUGUUGUAGGCGGAGGAAAGUCCACCUUCUUCCACCAGGACCGAGACAGCUGGUAUAACAAUAUCGACGACAGCCGAACCGUCGAGGCGGCAGCGCGAUAUUUCGAUAACUACAUGCAGAGGCACUUCCAUGGGUGGGAGAACACUGGGGCAUAUACAGACCGUGUCUGGUCAGGGAUCAUGGGCUAUAGCACCGAUUCGCUACCGCACGUCGGACACGUCCCAAACAAGCCGGGUCAGGUCAUAGUGGCUGGUUUCACUGGACACGGAAUGCCACAGGUAUUUCUCUCGACUCGAGGCAUUGCACAACUGAUUGUCGACGGGGUAUCGUAUGAGGAGACGGGGUUGCCGCGUCUAUUCAAGACCACGACGGAACGGUUGCAGAGUCGUCGCAAUAACAUCCUGCCAACCCCUGUGGUCGGGAGUAAACUCACGUAUAGUCGCGCCGAUGACCGUUCCUUGGGAAAAGGAGUGCGCCUGACGCAAUGUCCGCGUUGCCAGCGGUUCGCGGACAAAUACGUCGAAUACGAUUUCGUCGUGAUCUUCAUUGAUCUCGUCCUAAUCAAGCCGCAGGUAUAUCGACACUUGCUUUUCAACCGACUCGGGGGAGACGACAACCAGUUCGAUCGUUCCAUAAUCCGUCUAGGGAUUCUGCUCCUCCUAUUCGACGUUUACCUGACAUGGGCUCGGAUUGAGAAAUCCCCAUCGCUCGCAACCACCUUUCUCUCGAGUGCGCCCAUCAUCGUCCAAUACCUCUUUUUCCUGAGUCUGAAUGCGCUCGCGACUCUUGCCCACCACCUCACCAUUCGUCUUCUGGCAUCGGUCCUCGCUCCAGUACCGCGCGGAUUCUCGGGCCCUUCUCAAUAUGGUAGUGCCAACAGCAAUGCAGCAGAGGCGCCUGUCUUCUCCAACCCCUCCACCCCCGUGCUCCCAUCAUGCCCUUCCCAGACCACCACCAACCAGACACAGCUCUCCCCAACGCCGAACUCGACAUUGAGUCCACCGAAGCUCACGCCGCAAGCCUCCGCCAAUGAUAUAUCAACGGUAGCCAUCGCUUCGGGCACUGACUUUCACCAUCUGCCCCCUUCCACGCCACAGGGAUCCUUCCCCGCCCUUCCACCCCCUCUGCGUCGCGCUUCCACCGCCCCAGCGCAGAGCAUCAGACCCCUCCCGCCGCCCUCCCCAGCCAGCCCGACCGCCAUCAGCACCGCACUGCUGGUCAGCAGCUGUGCGAAGCUCUUUCCAAUCCUCCUAGUCAUCUGGGGCCCCGACGGCAGCGGGAAUGCGUCCAGUGUCUCCGGCUCCAACAAUACCCGGCUCAGCGCCGGCAGCCAGACCACCAUCCUCCAGCAGACGCUGGACGGUACCGGGCUCGCACCCGCGGCGACUCUGACCGCAGCUCAACCGACCACCACGGGAUCCCACUCUCUGCCUGGCUCUUCGUCGCUGCUGGAGAGUCUAAUCAGGAUAAUGCCCGAAUCCGUCCCCACCAGUUACCUAGCCAAUUUUAUCGAGUUAAUCGGGCCGCUUCUAUCUCUAGGCGCGGCGGACACGCAUCUCGUGCUACUGAGCAACAUCGAAGCAUUGUACAUCCUACUAGGAUGCGGGUACCUGCGCGCCGUGGCAUUGGCGGUGGCAGGGCUGGCUGCUCGAUGGACUGUACAGAGGGUAAUACUAGGAGCAGUCGGAGUAGGCUAACACUCAUACAUAGACAGCACCAUACAUAGACUAAUCAUACCAAUAC